AUGCCCCCCCAAAUCAAGCAAGACCUGAACCGCUCCGGCUGGGAAACCACCGACUUCCCCUCCGUUUGCGAAAACUGUCUCCCCGAGAACCCCUACGUACAAAUGAUAAAACAAGACUACGGCGAAGAAUGCAAGAUCUGCACCCGACCCUUCACAGUCUUCAAAUGGAAAGCCGACCGCACCUCGCGCAGCAAACGCACCAACAUCUGUCUGACCUGCGCGCGCCUCAAGAACUGCUGCCAAUGCUGCAUGCUUGAUCUAAGCUUCGGCUUGCCUAUUGUAGUCCGCGAUGCCGCGCUGAAGAUGGUAGCGCCGGGUCCGCAGAGCGAGGUUAAUCGAGAGUAUUAUGCGCAGGAGCAUGAGAAGGAAAUUGAGGAUGGGCGGGGGGGCGUUGAGGCAUACGAGAAGACUGAUGAGAAAGCUAGAGAGCUUUUGAGGCGGUUAGCGAACAGCCAGCCUUAUUUCAAGAAGCAGAGACGGAUUGGUGGGGUGGAGGGGGAGGGUGUUGGAGAGAGUGCGUCCGCGUUGCAAGGUGGUGCAGGACCUAUCCGAACACGAGAUACCAGGGGAGGGGGCGCAAGUGCAAGGGGUGCUGGGGCGGGACGCGGUGGGAGGGGUGGGACGAGGGGUGGGAGGAGCUUCCCCAGUGCGGCUCAGCUUCCUCCUACUGAGCAGGACAUCUUACCGCCGCGUGAUCAAACUGUCAUGUCGUUGUUCGUUACUGGCGUGGAGGAUGACCUGCCAGAGCAUAAGAUUCGGGAGUUCUUUUCUCCCUAUGGAAAGCUUCGGUCCUUGGUCUGCUCGCACAUGUCGCAUUGCGCCUUUAUUAACUAUGCUACGAGAGAAGCGGCCGAAGCUGCUGCUGAAGCAUUGCAGGGAAAGGCUGUUAUUGCUGGAUGUCCGUUGAGGGUACAGUGGGGACGACCGAAACCUAUUGGCACUAUGGAUAGAGAUGAGCGAAUAGCUACUGGAAGGGAAGGGAGGUCGGCGUUUUCGAAUCCAAGGCAGAGGGCCGCUAUGGAAGGUGGUGAUGGACAAGGAGGAUAUGCUCAGCCACCACCAAAGGAUGAUCUUGCGAAUAUGUCUGCUGUUGCUCCUCCACCUGGGGCAAGCGAUGUUGAUACAAUCAUGAAUCCCGGUAGACCACCAAGGUCCCUUGAUUAA